AUGGUUGACACCAAAACCUCAUCUGAAAAAGGAUCCCUGCUCUAUCCCUAUGGACCACACCAGGGGGAUGAAACCAACCCCAAACACGAUAAUGGGACAUCCGAAGCAAUCACCCCCUCUGUUCCCUUCACCUUCUACAGCAAAACCUACCAAACUGUGUUCGUGAACAAUAAUGGGGUGAUCUCCUUCAACAAGCCUGUCAGACAAUACACCCUCCCUUUGGUGGACGGGCACCCUUUCGUGGCUCCAUACUGGGCGGAUGUGGACAACGUGCUGGGUGGGGACAUCUUCUACCACCAGACCACUAACCUGGUGCUGCUGGAGGACGUCAGCCAGGACAUCACCCAGUACUUCCCCAAAAACACCUUUGCAGCCACCUGGGCCUUGGUGGUCACCUGGGACCAUGUAGCCUACUAUGGCUCCAUCUCUGAAAAGGGCAACACUUUCCAGGCUGUGCUGACCACUGACUCCAAGAUGUUCUACAUCAUCUUCAACUAUUGGGACAUCCAGUGGACCACAGGGGCAGCGAGUGACGGGGACACUGAAACGGGACUCGGGGUGAUCCCAGCACAUGCAGGAUUCAAUAGUGGUGAUGACACCAACUUCUACAACAUUCCCCGAUCCCAAACUGAUGCCAUCAUCAACAUCACCACUACCUCCAGCGUCAAGGUUCCGAGACGCUGGGUCUUUUGGGUGGAUGACUUCCAGGUGACAGCUCUCCUCCACACCCCCAGCAUCACCUCUGAGAUGUUACCACCUCACCUGGGUGACAAGUUCCUGGUGGCCUUUCUGCAUAAUGGUGACCAGUGCACUCAUCGCAGAGACUUCCGCCUCCUCCUCCUCACUGGCCCCUCCCCAUCCACCACUGCCACCAUCUCCCUGAAGAGACCUGGAUUAAGGAUGACGGUGCAGGCAGCUGCCAAACAACUAGUCCUGGUGAAGGACUACAAGCCCAAAAGCAUCCUUUUCCAUUGA